GCCCCGUUUGGCCGCAGUUCGCAAUCCAAAUCCCAAAGCUGGGGAACCAGAAAUCUGCCAGCAAGUCAUCAACAUUCACUGUCAACAAUAUCCCAAAAAGCCACCACCUGAAUGGAUGCGGCGACUUGUUCAUCAUCCCCUGUCCUCAUCCUCGCAUUCGCUACAGACUACCAGCACUACAACUCUCACUACACACGUUGACGAUUCGCUGCGCGCUGCGACUCUCCAAGGCCCCAACCCUCUACCACUCCAGUCUCACUCAUCCUCUGACUUCAGCCUGGCCAGUCCUCUAACCUUGCGCCGCUCUCGCCCUCGCUCUCCGUCCUCGGCCUCUUCCCUCUACCCACUCACUCAUGUCGAAUUCAUGACCCUCGUUCCCACCUGUGGGCGCGGCCUGCCCGGAUGCCCGUCUUGAAUCCCUUCCUUCGCACACUCUUUCAGAGUAGUGUCUUAGGCCAUGCUCUCCCCUCCCAGAAUUACGUCCUGCUCGUCCCAACGACAGAGUCACUUCUCUAUGCCCAAGAUCGAGAAAAUGGAAAGAGGUACGCUGACCAGUGCGACGAUGAAGAUUUCCUCGGAAGCCACAUCCUCCGCAUUUUACCCAACACGGCUUCCAAAGAAAAUGCAAAUGCAAAUGGAAAUGGCAAUGUUCGCGAUGGCCGUACCAAGGCCAAAACCUACUCAACCGUCAACGGCCGUACCGUCAUAAUCAAGGAGAAUGUCGUCUACAGCAAUAAAGGUUUCAAGCAAUUGACUCAGUCGACACUACUCGGCGACCUGCUGUACUAUUCGCCGCAACCCGAACCUCAACAAUGGCUCAUUUACUACAUCUCAAAGCCCUUGACCGGUAUCUUCGAGCCCUUGCCAAUCAAGCCUGCUAUCAUCGGCCAGUCGCCACCAUCACCUUCUCUCAACCCACCUACCUCAGCUUCAUCCGAAUCCUUGGGCCCCAAAAAGAAGGACAUCAAAUCGUUUAAUGAACUGUUGAAUAGCUUUCCCAUGAUCGCGAGGCAGAUGCAACCGGGCUUGGAAAGACUUUUCAAUGAAUUUGGAAAGGAACUUGGUCGUCCUCUUCCGCCUCCUCCCUCUCGCAGCCCCUCCAUUACCUCUUUAGACGGCACCACCCUGCCAUCGGAAAACGGCUCAAUCAAAUCCAACGGCACUCUCAAACUUCCUUUCAAUUCCGCCGCUUAUUUUGACGACGAUGAAGAUUUGAUGCGCCGGGCCCUCGAAACCGCCGUCACUGCCGCCAUAGAUCUCUUCCAAGGCGUCGACAAACAGCAAUUGUCCUAUCUGGGAGCCACCACCGAUCUGACCGGACCUGAUGUUGAGAGAUUGAUUGAACGCUAUGUCGCUGAAACCGUCCAUGAUUCCUUACUUUUUCCCAGGCUAUGCUCUUUUCACAAAGCCCAAGACCAGGAGCUCGAUCGACGCAUCCGUCAAAUGGAUUGUCUCGAUGUGUCUCAGGUCGGAAUUGCUAUCGAAGGUGGCCGCACAGGAAAGAGAGAUCUCAUCAGGCGUAUCAAUCGGGGCGUCCUUGUCUUUCGAAAAAUGGGCGUCGCAGGCAGCCCCCAAGAAAUGUUGGACAUCCUGCUAGAAACUCAGAAAGUUGUCUCGGAACCCCAAAGCUCAGGCGAUGAAGAGAAGCCAAACAACGUCCUCAUCACCAUCAAUGCUGAUGUCCUGGUCUCCCUUCUCCUCCUUGUGGUAAUUCGCUCAGCCACGCGACACCUGCAGGCUAGAUUGUCCUACAUGCAGAGAUUUAUCUACAUUGACGAUGUGGAAAGUGGUGAAAUUGGCUACUCGUUGAGUACACUGGAGGCCGUCUUGACUUAUCUUGCCCGGGAUGCUGGCGGCCUUCGAAGGGCUUCCAAACAGAAUGGUCUCUUGUGGAAGGCUGUGAAGGAUGGCGCCAUUGACGAGAUCAAAUCCAUCUUCGAAGACUCGGCCAUCAUCACUGACGAUCUGGUGGAAGAACCAGGGGAAAUACCACUGUCAAGAGUUCUCACCGCCUCCUCACAACAUUCAGAAGUCAAUCUUCGCCCAUCGCUGUCCCGCAAUUCUUCAGGGGAAGGGGGUUUGGCGCAUGUCUUUCCAUUCCAAGCACGAGAAAGGCAGACAACCCCCGUUGUUCCGAAGCAGAAGAAAAAGGUCCAGAUGGCGGCUAGGAGCAUGUCGAUCUCUUCAGCUUUCUCGCUAUCGUCAAGAGCCGCAACCAUUGACACCACAACAAGUGGGAUUGAAGGCGACACGUCAGUCGAGAGUCUGGCUCAAACACAAGAUGGCAUCGGCAACACAGUCCUCAUGAUGGCCGUUGAAAAUCAACAACCACGAUCACUGAAGUACCUGCUGUGCCUCAAUGAGCAUUACAGUGUUGAGGCUGUCCUCGCAGAUGUCACCCAAGAAGGAGCGACCUUGUUGAGUGCUGCAGUACAACUUGCUAACAUGGAGCUGAUUGAAAUCAUCUUGGACUACGUGGAGCGGAACACAGACGCUGAUCGAUAUCGAGAAUACAUUGCAGCCAAGGAUUCCAGGGGUCGCAGCGUUGGUCACUACUUGUUCAACACGCCCACCUUGAUUAAACGACUGGCAAAGGUUAUUCCCUGGCAGCAAAGAGACAAGAUUGGGCACACUCCCUUGUUUGCCACUUGUCGAACCUAUGAUCACCCCGAGUAUAGUUGCAUGGUGUCGGAAGCGUUAUCGGCCACUACCGAGGCGCAAGGAGAUGGGCUCCCACUGCGAGUUGAAUCUCACACGGACAACAAGGGCAACUCUUUGCUUCACGUCAUCAAUGAUUCGGUGAUACUACAACGUGUGUUGCAAACGUGUGACGUGGAUCUCAACUCUACCAAUGACCGCAAGUUUACUCCCCUCAUGCUGGCCAGCAAAUAUGGACGCGUCGACAUGGUACGAGUCUUUCUGGCAGAUCCUCGAAUUGAUCUUCACCUGCGAGAAUCUCGAGGUUUGACGGCAGUGGAAUUGGCCAAGGACGAUGAAGUUCGAAAUCGAAUCGAUGAUUUGACAUUGUUCUCGCCAAACAACAUUGCCGAUAGCACUGGAAGAAUCACUGCAAUUGUUCGGUCAUUUUUUGUCGAAGAUGGCUCCACAAGGUUCAUUCUAAAGUCUGGAGCUCCCAACCCCGCCGUAUCAAGUACCGUCUACACGAUUACCACCAGUAGAAGGGCACUUCAAGAUUUUGAGAACCUAGCGAAAUGGCUGUGUAUGGACCAUCCUGCCUCAUACAUGCCGUUCAUGAAGGCAUCAGAAUUCCGGAGUCCUUUUCAAAUCCACUCUCGGCCUUCUCGAUCGGUGCUAUUUGACGCACAAACACAUCUCGAUCGAUUUCUGAAGAUUUUGAUAAAACACCCGACUUUCUCCACACAUGAGAUGCUGUGGGAGUUUUUCCUCGUCCCUGACAUGCUGCAAGAACAAAUGGCUGAACGGGCGAAUCUGAAAUCAGAACUUGUUCAAGAAAAGAUUGCGGAUGACUAUCAUCCCUUGACAUCGAGAGCGGACAUGAACGCGGUGGAUUCAUUGAUAUCACAUUCGCGCGAGAUUGUCCGAAAAAUCAACAACAGCACUAGGGUGAUCAUUAGAAAAGGUCACACUUAUGUUCAGGCACAGUCCGACUUGGCCGAAGCGUUGAGUUUGCAUGCUGUAUCGAUUGCCACACUUGGAGUACCAUCAACGAAUCCAUUGGCACAAGCUCAUAUCGACACCUUGAUCCGAUUCGCCGCUUUACAACAUUCGGAACCACCGUCUUCACCAGUCGCAACCUUCAUCUCGAGUCUGACAUCUUUUCAUUCAACCAUUACAGCUGUGCAGGGUGCACUUUUAAAACCGAGCACGGUCAUCUCACGGAUUCUGUCGACGCAAAAGGCACUGGACAAACAACGAACAAAUCUUCUUAACAAUAGUUUGCCUAAGAAAGGAUUAAUGAACAUCAACUUUCCGGGGUCGGAAGAAAGUCGGGUCAAGGGGAUUAAAGACAGUGAAAAGAAGAUUAUUCAAGGACAGAUGGAUGUGGAGAGGCUUGGUCGGGAAUUGAGAUAUACACAGGAAGUCGUGGUUGGUGAAUUGGCCGGGUGGACUUCAUGGAGGGAAGAAUGGAUGAAGGAUGAAAUUAAAAGACUUGGCAGAAACAUGGUAAUCAAGGAGAAAGAAAGAUUGAAGUCGAUGCAACGGGCAUUGAGAACAUUGAGAGAGGGGUGAAGUGAUGGGUUUCUUUCUACAGUGGUGUAGAUGAGUUUGGUUGAUCGAUCACUUCAUUGAAUCCUGGGAUGGCUUGGAUACGUUGUGUGAUCCAAGAAGCAGAGAGACAGGAUUGGCUGUGGACGAUUGAAUACUCGCACGAGGAUUUUCUUUCUUGCAAAUAUGAGGCUGGCCUCCAGGAGUGGUCAAAGCCAGGAAGUAUGGGUAGCGUGGCGUUCCCAUCUGUCAAUCAGAUAUAUAGACGGAAAUAUGGACUGGGAGCGAGGAUGACUUUUACUUGGUUAUUAGUAGCAUCAGAUGAACAAACAAGGAUUUGGACCAAAAGACAGACAGGUUUUUGAAUAUGGG